AUGUUAUUCAGGAAUACGGAGGAAAUAAACAGCGAAACAUUUAACGAGUGCCGAGUCUUCAUCAUUCCCCAUCCACGAGCCAAAUUCACACAAGAAGAGUUUGACUUAAUUCAUGCAUAUCUGAAAAAUGGUGGCAACGUCAUUGUUUUAAUGGCUGAAGGUGGCGAGGGUGCUGCUGACACGAAUAUCAACUUUCUGUUAGAAGACUUCGGUAUUGCAUGCAAUGACGAUUCCGUGAUUCGCACAAUAUUUUACAAAUACUUUGAACCGAAAGAGGCGCUCAUUUCGAAUGGCGUUCUCAACCGAGCGCUUCCGUCUGCAGCUGGCAAGAUGGCAAAAAGCAACGAUGACGAAAAUCAUGCCCAGUAG